CUCGAGUUAGAAGUGUGGAGCAUCAUACCAAUCACUCCUCUCCCACAAUUGUAUAUUAGGAUCGGAAGGCCACCGCUUAGAUUAGAUCUUGCGACGCUGAUUAAUACGAUCUCAGAAUGCCGUCAGUCUACGGAGGUCCCUUGACAACCUUCGAGGAUGCGGAGAAGGAGAGCGAGUUCGGAUACGUUCGCAAGGUAUCUGGGCCAGUGGUGGUUGCGGAUGGAAUGGCUGGCGCUGCUAUGUAUGAACUAGUUCGGGUUGGACAUGACAACCUUAUUGGGGAAAUUAUUCGGCUUGAAGGAGAUUCCGCCACAAUUCAAGUAUAUGAGGAAACAGCUGGGCUGAUGGUGAAUGAUCCUGUUCUUCGUACACACAAGCCUUUAUCCGUCGAAUUGGGUCCUGGAAUCUUGGGAAAUAUCUUUGAUGGUAUUCAGAGGCCUCUGAGAACAAUUGCGAUAAAAUCUGGCGAUGUCUAUAUUCCUCGUGGGGUAUCUGUUCCGGCACUUGACAAAGAUAUUCUGUGGGAGUUUCAACCAAAGAAAAUAGGAGAGGGAGAUCUUUUGACUGGUGGUGACUUAUAUGCAACUGUAUUUGAGAAUAGUUUAAUGCAACAUCAUGUUGCACUUCCUCCUGAUGCUAUGGGGAAGAUAACCUACGUUGCACCAGCUGGCCAAUAUUCAUUGAAGGACACUGUCCUUGAGCUUGAAUUUCAAGGGGUCAAAAAACAAUUUACUAUGCUGCAGACUUGGCCCGUGCGUACACCUAGGCCUGUAGCUUCAAAGCUUGCUGCUGAUACCCCCCUCUUGACUGGGCAGCGUGUUCUUGAUGCUCUAUUCCCCUCCGUGCUUGGUGGUACUUGUGCAAUUCCUGGUGCAUUUGGUUGUGGAAAAACAGUCAUUAGUCAGGCCCUUUCCAAGUAUUCUAAUUCGGAUACUGUAGUUUAUGUUGGUUGUGGGGAAAGAGGAAAUGAGAUGGCAGAGGUGCUUAUGGAUUUCCCUCAAUUGACAAUGACCUUGCCCGAUGGUCGGGAGGAAUCUGUCAUGAAGCGUACUACCCUUGUAGCUAACACCUCUAACAUGCCAGUCGCUGCUCGUGAGGCUUCAAUUUACACAGGAAUUACAAUUGCCGAGUAUUUUAGAGAUAUGGGCUACAAUGUCAGUAUGAUGGCAGAUUCCACAUCUAGAUGGGCAGAGGCAUUGCGUGAAAUUUCUGGCAGACUGGCUGAGAUGCCUGCAGAUAGUGGAUAUCCAGCUUAUCUGGCAGCACGUUUGGCAUCUUUCUAUGAGCGUGCUGGUAAAGUUAAAUGCCUUGGUGGACCUGAAAGAACUGGUAGUGUCACUAUUGUUGGUGCUGUUUCUCCUCCAGGUGGAGAUUUCUCUGAUCCUGUCACAUCCGCAACACUCAGUAUUGUUCAGGUUUUCUGGGGUCUAGACAAAAAAUUGGCCCAGAGGAAACAUUUCCCUUCUGUAAACUGGCUUAUAUCUUACUCAAAGUAUUCAGGGGCACUGGAAUCUUUUUAUGAGAAAUUCGACUCUGAUUUUAUCAACAUCAGGACAAAAGCUCGUGAAGUGCUGCAGAGAGAGGAUGAUUUGAAUGAAAUUGUGCAGCUAGUCGGGAAGGAUGCAUUGGCUGAGACAGAUAAAAUUAUCUUGGAAACAGCAAAGCUCUUGAGAGAGGACUAUCUCGCCCAGAAUGCAUUUACUCCAUAUGACAAAUUUUGCCCAUUCUACAAGUCUGUUUGGAUGAUGCGGAAUAUUAUUCAUUUCUAUAAUUUGGCUAAUCAGGCUGUAGAGCGAGGAGCUGGCAUGGACGGGCAGAAGAUAAGUUACACCCUUAUCAAGCAUCGUUUGGGAGAUUUGUUUUACCGUUUAGUUUCCCAGAAAUUUGAGGAUCCAGCAGAAGGGGAAGAAGCCUUGGUUGCGAAAUUCCAAAAGCUUCAUGAUGAUCUCACUGCAGGUUUCCGCAAUCUUGAGGAUGAAACCCGAUGAAUGCUCUGUCCAUUCAUAGAUUGGUUCGUGUGAUAUAUAGUCUAAUAUUUAUGUUUUCUCCGAUCAUUUGUUAUUCGUUAGUAUUAUUUUGGUUGGUAAUAAAAGAUGAUUCCGUUCCAA